CAACUCUUUAGCAUUUUCUACAGAUAAAUUCUAGUAAAUAUUUCGACCAAAACAAAACUGUACAAAUUAAUAAAAGUAAGUCAGAAGAUGAUGCGAUCCGUGAACAGUCUCUUGCUGGCCACAUCCCGAAGGGGCAUGAUACGGGAGAUGAGUGUGCAGAGCCAUCGAGCAAGCAAGAGAUGGACUGCAACCGGAUUGGGAAAGCAACAAUAUCGCUUCAUGCAGGAUGCGAAUCAAAUGAGGAAAACAUCGACUCUGCAGUCGAUGAAAGAGUUCUUUAUGCAUCCGCUGACCUGGGAUCGCAACAAUGGCUUUUUAAACGUGGUUCUGGCCUUGGCCAUUUUCAGCUUCUGCUUCAUUAACUCGUGUUCGAAAUGUCCCGAGGAAGGAGCACAGAUGACCUCAAAGACGGCAGCGGACAAGGAUUAGAAACUUACCUUGAUUGCAGACACAGACGAGUCCCGAGUUGGUGGACAUGCACUUGGCAUUCAUGUCACACAGCGUGGGAUUGUUGAGGCAGUUCUGCUCCUCGAUGCAGACAUAACCAUCGCCAUGGUAACCCGCAUUGCACUGGCAGGUGUAGUUAGCCGGAUCCCUGAAGAAGAAAGAGAAAAGAGUGUUAACUUCAAGAGGAAUUCUCGAGAGGUGAAAGUGGUUCCUCCACUCACUCAGUUGGCUCGCAGGUGGCAUGAAUGCCGCAGUUGUUGCGCACGUUGCAAGGCGUGGGAGUGCUGAUGCAGCCAGCCAAGGCAUCGCCCUGAUAUCCCUCGAUGCAGUCACAGUAUUGCACAUCCUGCUGAUGAUCCCACUUGCAAAUGGCAUUCGACCCACAGAACACAGAGCCACAGCGACCAGCUGGCACACAACGAUCGCUAGGAUCGCGUUCAUAACCAUCCUGGCACUGACAAACUCCGCCAUCGCAGUACGCAUUAUCGCCACAAUGUUCGGCUGCCUGGCACUCGGGGGCCAGCUGACAACGAUAUCCAUCGCCAGUGUAACCACGCUGGCAGACGCAUUCCGAUUUGCCUAGUUGCUCAUUGAAGUUGCACACAGCAUGGGAAUCACAGAUAUCAGGUCGCUGUCAAAAGGAUUGCGAAUUAAAUGAAUAUACCACGAGUGUAUAAGUAUAUAAGACCACUCACAAUGGCGCAGGAAUCCUCAAUUGGUUCGCAGUUGUAGCCAUCGCCGCUGAAGCCUUCGUUGCAGGUGCAAAUGUGUCGCAUCUCGUGUUCGUACCACGAGCACUUGGCAUUUUCAUUGCAACUGGAAUCCACAUCGCAGGGCACCAACUCCUCGUUCUUGUCCACAUCGUAGACACCGCCGUAGCGACAACUCUUGCUGUCCUCGCUCAGCUCGUAGCCCUCGGGACAUGAGCAUGUGCCCAAGAAGUCGCAAUGCGAUUCAAUCUCGUGAUCAUCCAACAGAAUAGGCACACAGCGUUCGUGCUCCCAGACUUCAUCGUGGCCGCAGAUGUGCUGACAGCUGUAUCCAUCGCCGGAGAAACCUUCGCGGCAGCGACAGCGUCCCAAAUAGCAAUCCGCAUCCGGCGAGCAGCGCUGCAAAUUCAGAUUUAUAUCAUUAUUGUACGGCAAAUCAACAGAAGUAAAUAAAUUAUUAUUAUUCUUUUUAA